GCGCGCUAGUGUUGCGACCCUCCUCGUAUCGCCUGGGCGUCAUGCGCGCAGCUGGCGCAGCCUCGUGUCCUUUGUUUACAUCGAUCAUGAUUCUUUGUGUUUAAACUAUGGAAACUAAUGUGUAGUUCUGUGCUUAUUUUGUGAACAUAAUCCUGCAUCAUGGCGUGUGAAUCUAUAUCCUUGCAGACCACUUCCACGUCUCUGACGGAAGACUCUUCGCUUAACAUUUCGUUUGAAAACCUUAACUAUACGGCCCGACAAGGUAUUUUCAACAGAGAACGCAAAGUGAUCCUGAACGAUCUGAGCGGCACCAUCAACUCCGGCGAGCUGACCGUCAUCGUGGGCCAGUCGGGCGCCGGCAAGAGUACACUCAUGGACAUCCUAGCUGGAUACAGAAACGCGACACAAGGCAAGAUCUACGUAAACGGAAGGUUACGCAACCUCAAGUGGUUUCGGCGACGGUCGUGCUAUAUUCUGCAAGAUGACAAAGUGCAGGACAUGCUGACCAUCGAAGAAUCCCUUACCAUUGCCGCUGAGCUCAAACUAGGAAACCAUAUUAGUAAAGAACAAAAAAGUAGAAGAAUAAGAGAAGUCAUUACUGCUUUCGCUCUAAACGAGGUCCAGCACACGAGAGCAGCCCAGCUCUCGGGCGGGCAGAGGAAGCGCCUAGCCAUAGGCUUGGAGCUGAUAUGCGACUCACCUGUCAUGUUCCUGGAUGAACCCACUAGCGGGCUAGACAGCUCAACCUCAAAGCAGAUGGUGUAUAUGCUGCAACUGCUGGCUCACCAGGGGCGCACAGUCGUGGUGACCAUGCACCAGCCUUCAGCCGCACUGCUGCAAAUGGUAGACCGCCUGUACGCGGUGGUGGCCGGACAGUGCGCAUAUAUGGGCUCAGUCGACAACCUAAUACCUUUCUUCGAAAAUCUUAAUUUGAACUGCCCACAAUUUCAUAAUCCAGUUGAUUUUCUUUUAGAAAUAUGUGGAGAGCAACCAGAUAAACUAGUAGAAUAUAUAGAAAAUGGACGAGACAUGCAGUGGUUACAUAAUAUAUCCAAUGAAAGUGAUGAUAAAUUAUUAGAAAUAUUUAAAACAGAUUUAUAUGAAAAAGUGUUCCUAACGACACUUCCGCUACCAAAAGAGGACCCAACGAGUAAGAUCCUACUAGCACUGAAGAGUACGUACAGUACAUCGACGUGGAAACAAUUUACAACACUGACACGAAGAUCGUUACUAUCAGCAUGGCGGGACCCCCAGUUCAUGCUCAUGAUGACGGGCAUCCACUGCGCCAUGGCGCUGUUCGUCGGAGUCCUGUUCUUCAACAUCGGCCAGGACGCCAAGCACACGAAGGACAACUACAACUUCCUCUCCUACAGCCUCAUGUUUGUCAUGUUUACCGCCUUCAGCGCUGUCUCUAUCAAAUUCCCGCAACAAUUUCCAGUGGUCAGACGGGAGCACUUCAACCGCUGGUACACCCCGGGCGCGUACUACGCGUCCACGCUGGUAGCCGCCCUUCCUCAGCAGACAGUGUGUACGCUCUGCUACUCCUGCAUAGCGUACUGGCUGACGGGCCAGCCGCCGGAGAUCCUUCGCUUCGGGAGCUUCUGCGUCAUUCUGCUCAUGGUCUCUUAUUCCGCUCUCUGUAUGGGGCUGCUCAAUGGAUCUUGGUUCGAUGUUAAGCACGCCAUGAUCUUCGGGCCGUUCUUCGUAAUGCCGUUCACGGUGUUCUCCGGGUUCUUCCUGCACCUGCCCGACUCGCCAGCCGUCUUCCGCUGGCUGUUCCACAUAUCCUUCGUGAAGCACGGCCUCGUGGGCCUCUGCAUCACCAUCUACGGCAUGGGCCGGGCGCGCCUUCCCUGCUCAGAGCUCUACUGCCACUACACCUACCCCCGAUUCUUACUCAAAGAGGUCGGCAUGUUGAACGAACAAUACUCUCUCGUAAUCUUAGCUUUUGCAGGAAUAGUGUCCGUGGUUGUUUUGUGUACAUAUAUUUCAUUAAAAAUCAGACUCAAGAGUAAGUGGUAAAAGUAUUAUGUUUAAUUGAGAUUUGGGUUUAUGAGUGUUGCCAUGUGUCAAGUUUUAUUUAAUUUUACAGUAACAAACUAGUGCAGUUAGGAUAUUGAGUGUAUUAAGUCAAUGUACGACUUAGGUACGUCAUAAUUUUCUAGAUCAAAAUCUAGUCACAUAAACGACAAAAUAAGAAGCCCCGCGAAUAGUCGUGUAAAGUACGGGGGCAUUUAUAAUUCUUAUGUUUAUUAAAUGAUUAAUUCAACGUUACAUAAUUAUGUCAUUGUGAAACUCUCCGCAUAAAGUGUCGAAGAGAAUGUGAUGUACAGUGUAACUGUAAAAUGUCAACUUGUAAACACAAUCGUAAAUGUUAAAGUUGCUCGGUCAUGUUUAUUGAGCCAAUCACACUAACAUUAUGUAUAAUAGAGGUAAUAUACCUACAGGGCGUCCCAAAUCCCAAGACUAUGAGACAUAACGGAAAAGUAUCUGUUGCACCUUAAAUAUCGUAGAUAGGAUAUUGUUUUAAACAUAGUAGAUUCUUAAAAUGAUAUUCUAAAAAAUACUUCCUUCGUCUGGGAAUCGAACAGACAUAUAUGUGAAAUAAAAUCACUCAUAUGUUAAUAUUUAAUGGAGAAAGAAUGAACAAAAAAUACUUAUUAUUCCUGAGUAACAUAGUAUUUUGAAAUAUUGAAUGAUAUUUAUUUUAUGGUACUUUCCUUUCGUGUCUCAUAGUCUAGCUUGAGACACCAUUUAGCUCAAUCAUAAAAUCACGUGGUUUCCUUUGUAAACGCACCUAGCCAUAAUAACAUCUUAAAUGUGAAAUCUAGUUUGAAAAUGUAUAUUUUGUGGUUAUUUAGAUAGGUAUCGUUAUUACAUAUAAAUAUGGCUUAUUAAAUAAGUUGGUAGUUACCAAACAAUAUGCUAUUUUUAUAUGCCUAUGCUCAGCAGUGGGUGAUUAGCAACUGAAAUUAUGACGAUGAAUGAUGAUACUAUUUAUUCUGGAAAUAAAUCAGAAUCAGAAGACACCCAAAAUGUUAUAAUAUGUAUUAAGACAUUAAAAUUAGCUAUCUAGCAUCUAAAUGCAUGUUUACACCAUACAUGGGUGCUCAUAUAACGUAGAUCCACGCGUAUCAACUUAUGUAUGUAUAUACUUAAUUAGGUAUAUGCGGUUUAGUGCAAAUAUAAUUUAAAUACCAAAGUC